AUGGCGUGGCUCGACGUUCGCAAGAGCACCCACCAAGCAAGCGAGAUAUAUCGGUUCCGCUUUGACCUGGGCGUCUGGCUCUCGCUUGGGGCUGUGCCGACGCCCGAGGCUGGCGAUUUGGCAGACAUCGCGCUGGAUUCAGGAUGCCGGAGGGACACACGCAAUCGAGGCCGUGGCAGCGUUGAGACAGCGCCGGGCCGCGCAGAGGAGCGACGUUGGGGUCUACUGGAGAGGGGAAUCUCGGCAACCUUUGGAAUCUGGGGAAUGGCGGACGAUGAGCUUCAUAGUCGCGACGCCGACACGCUGCCACAAUCUGCUGCUCUGACGCUGGCUGGUGCGGCGAGAGAGGGCAUGAAGAGCAAGGCAGCGGGUCUUAUUCGCUUUUCGGCCCUAGAGACACUGGCCAGCAGCUGCACUUCUGUGUUCCGCGAGUCCUACUUCAAGCCCCAGCGCCCCGUUGUGCUUCCUCGAGGCCGAUUUCGAGAGCUGCCGGCAGCCUCACGAUGGUUUGUUCCGGUGCCGUUGGCCAGUGACGGUGACGUGUCAUCGCUGAGAUCGCUCAAUGUCGGGUACUUGUCGUCGCAUCGUGACUGUUACGUGCCGCUCGAAUUGACUACAAGAAGAGUUUGUGAAGAUGGGCAUCUGGAGGAAUCAUUCAAGCGUUUCCACGCUCCUCUGGGUCUAUUCCUCGACUGGACCCGAUCAAUCGAGUCGUCCAGCCUAGGAAACGCAGCUGCGAACGCCGAAGCAAGCCGCCGCCCAGAUACCCGCCUCUACCUCGCCCAGUGCCAGUUGCUGGACCUCACACCCCAGCUGCGGGACGAUCUCCCGACCCCAUCAUACGUCUCAGACGCCGGCAAAGGAGACAUCUACGACACAAAUAUUUGGGUAGGAGUUGCGCCCACAUACACCCCCUUGCAUCGAGACCCCAAUCCGAAUAUUUUUGUGCAGCUCGCAGGCUCAAAACAUGUACGACUGCUCCCUCCAAGUGCCGGCCUUGCGAUCUUUAAUUGCGUGAGUCAGCGACUUGGAAGGAAUGGUGGAGCUGGAAGUGCCGUAUUUCGAGGUGACGAUAUGAUGUAUGGGCCGGAGAAGGACUUGCUUGAGCGGGAAACAUGGGGAGAGCAAGAUACUGGAUCCGACGUACCGGCGAUGUACAACGACGCCUAUGAAACUGUGGUUCAUGCCGGGGAUGGUAUUUUUAUUCCGAUGGGCUGGUGGCAUAGUAUCAGGGGUGUUGGAAUGGGAAUUACAGCAUCGGUGAGUGUCAUCGGCCUAGGAGAUACUCUGUAG